UUUUACCUGUCGAAACAAGUGACUGCAACAGUCAUAAAGCAUCUACUGUUAGUUCGUCGUUUAUCAAUUGUUUGGCAAUUUUUUUCAAUUAUUAAUCAACAUUUAAAACUAAAACUGUAAGCCUCACGUGAACGAACGCGCGUGACUCAGCAUUUUAUUUUCGAAUCAGAUGCCACGUUUAGUUGAGAGUCACUCAGUCAGUCAACAGGCGUACUCACACAGAGUGCAUAGAUUUUUUAGGCCAAGAUAGAGAAAAGAUGGGAAAAUUCGACAACAAAGUUGUUAUCGUCACUGGUGCGUCCAGUGGAAUAGGUGCGUCAACUGCCAUCACUUUUGCACGGGAAGGCGCAAAGGUUGUUGUUACAGGAAGAAACCAGGAAAGAUUGAAUGAAACUUCAGAAAAAUGUAAAGCCGUCGGUGCCGAGAAUUUUCAGAUUCUUGAAGUAGUUGCGGACCUUGAGAAAUUUAAGAAUCUUGAAUCCCUUGUAAAGAAAACUGUGGAUAAAUUUGGGGGAAUCGAUAUUCUUAUCAACAAUGCUGGUUAUGCAAGAGCUGAAACAAUUGAAACGAUUGAGCUAGAUACAUAUGAGAAGAUCUUCAACGCAAAUCUUCGUGCUCCGGUGUUUUUGUGCAAAUAUGCGUUGCCACAUUUGAAAAAGACGAAGGGCUGUGUUGUGAACGUAAAUAGCUGCGCAUCUCUUACGGCAGGCCCGGGUGGUGUUCCGUACUCGAUGACGAAAAUUGCGCUCGACCAUUUCACACGAGGAUUCUCGGCAGAAUGUGCACCAUUUGGAGUCCGGGUCAAUUGUGUGAAUCCAGCAGCAACUGACACAAGAUUCGGAGAUAAUAUGAAUGUGACUAAGGAAAUGUUUGAAAAGAUGUUGGAAAGCUUCAUGAAGCGACAACCUUUGGGAGUCAUCAAACCUCAACAAAUUAGCGAUGCUAUUGUGUUCCUCUGUCAGUCUCCCGUUAUCACAGGAAUCAAUCUCCCAAUAGAUGCUGGAAUGCUUAACGCUCCUGCUAUGUAAUACUUUUAUUCCACUAUUGGAAACUGAGUAUUUUCAUACAUUGCCCGUUGAUAUCAUAUCAAAAUAUAUUCCCACCUGUCGUUUAGGGUCUGUGAUCAAAUUUGUAUA